AUGCCUCACAAGGGAGAACCUUCUAACCCUGGAGAUGGACCCAAUGGUGGGUAACUCACUGGUUGAGAGAGUGAUUUUAAAGAUUAGAGGCAAAAAGUAAAAUUAAAUGAACUUGACAUGUCUGAAACGUUGGUCUGACAGAAUUCUAUAUUUCCAGGAAUUAUAAAACACACGAUCCAGCUUCAGUAGGUGUGUGAAUUGUAAUCCCAAAAAUGUGGAUAUCAGAACAAUCUUGAGGGAAUUCUAUUUGAGUCAGAAAAGGAUAUUCAUACGACAGGUAAGAUACACUACAUUACCAAAAGUAUGUGGACAUCUGCUCGUCGAACAUCUCAUUCCAAAAUGGGCAUUAAUAUGGAGUUGGUCCCCCCUUUGCUGCUAUAACAGCCUCCACUCUUCUGGGAAGGCUUUCCACUAGAUGUUGGAACAUUGCAGUUGGGACUUGCUUCCAUUCAGCCACAAGAGCAUUAGUGAGGUUGGGCACUGAUGUUGGGCGAUUAGGCCUGGCUCGCAGUCAGCGUUCCAAUCCCUACAUUUUUUUACGUUAUAGUCUUAUUCUAAAAUUGAUUAAAUUGUUUUUUUUCCCUCAUCAAUCUACACACAAUACCCCAUAAUGCUAAAGCAAAAACAGGUUAUAAAAAAAAAUAAAAAAAACGUAAGACUUCUCCCUACAGUCCUCAGACAUUCAGCCUUCUCCCUACAGUUCUCAGACAUUCAGCCUUCUCCCUACAGUUCUCAGACAUUCAGCCUUCUCCCUACAGUCCUCAGACAUUCAGCCUUCUCCCUACAGUCCUCAGACAUUCAGCCUUCUCCCUACAGUUUAAGACAUUCUGCCUUCUCCCUAUAGUUUAAGACAUUCAGCCUUCUCCCUUCAGUUUAAGACAUUCAGCCUUCUCCCUACAGUUUAAGACAUUCUGCCUUCUCCCUACAGUUUAAGACAUUCAGCCUUCUCCCUACAGUCCUCAGACAUUCAGCCUUCUCCCUACAGUUUAAGACAUUCAGCCUUCUCCCUACAGUCCUCAGACAUUCAGCCUUCUCCCUACAGUUUAAGACAUUCUGCCUUCUCCCUACAGUUUAAGACGUUCAGCCUUCUCCCUACAGUUUAAGACAUUCAGCCAUCUCCCUACAGUUCUCAGACAUUCAGCCUUCUCCCUACAGUUCUCAGACAUUCAGCCUUCUCCCUACAGUUUAAGACAUUCAGCCUUCUCCCUACAGUUUAAGACAUUCAGCCUUCUCCCUACAGUUUAAGACAUUCAGCCUUCUCCCUACAGUCCUCAGACAUUCAGCCUUCUCCCUACAGUUCUCAGACAUUCAGCCUUCUCCCUACAGUCCUCAGACAUUCAGCCUUCUCCCUACAGUCCUCAGACAUUCAGCCUUCUCCCUACAGUUUAAGACAUUCUGCCUUCUCCCUACAGUUUAAGACAUUCAGCCUUCUCCCUUCAGUUUAAGACAUUCAGCCUUCUCCCUACAGUUUAAGACAUUCAGCCUUCUCCCUACAGUCCUCAGACAUUCAGCCUUCUCCCUACAGUUUAAGACAUUCAGCCUUCUCCCUACAGUCCUCAGACAUUCAGCCUUCUCCCUACAGUUUAAGACAUUCAGCCUUCUCCCUACAGUUUAAGACAUUCAGCCUUCUCCCUACAGUCCUCAGACAUUCAGCCUUCUCCCUACAGUUUAAGACAUUCAGCCUUCUCCCUACAGUUUAAGACAUUCAGCCUUCUCCCUAGUUCUCAGACAUUCAGCUUUCUCCCUACAGUUCUCAGACAUUCAGCCUUCUCCCUACAGUUCUCAGACAUUCAGCCUUCUCCCUAUAGUUCUCAGGCAUUCAGCUUUCUCCCUACAGUCCUCAGACAUUCAGCCUUCUCCCUACAGUUCUCAGACAUUCAGCCUUCUCCCUACAGUUCUCAGACAUUCAGCCUUCUCCCUACAGUCCUCAGACAUUCAGCCUUCUCCCUAAAGAAUCCUGCAAAUAAAAAAUAUACACUUACUGUAGAAGUUACAGAUUCAUACAGCUAUGGUGCCUCCAUCCUACUAAACUACACUUCCAGAGUUAAGCUUACACACAGGAGUUCAGAGCCAUGUUAGCUAGCUAAUUAGCACAGGUGGUCACCUCUUGUCUUCCGUCUGUUUCCCGUUAACAAGCGCUGUAACGUGGAGAUGUGGCCGUGUGGGAACACUAACCCUAACCCUAUCAAGGUGUGUAUCAAUUUAACCUUCCGUUCUUUUCAAAUUAUUUCUCAUUUAUAUGAAAUAUAAGGUCCUUGUGCUUCCAAAACCGUACCGCAGCGCGUUAAUGUUCGCACCGGGCGUCAGAGAUCUUAACCCCGUACAGAAGACUGCCUUCGUCCAAUGACUCUUCUGUGUAAUGUGGUGGAACUGAGGGUCCCGAUCAAGGGCUACGUCUACCACCAGGUUCUUUAAAAAGUGUUACAGAAAAGUAGUUAUGUUUUCAAAUCCUAAACACUUGAUUUCACAGUGUAGGAUUCAUAUCGCCCCAGAUGUAAGCUAUAGACAAUAUCAACAUCAACGUCUAUUUUCUUAAAUACUGAUUGGUGCUCCUAACUUUUUAAAGUAGCCUAUAUUUAUAGCCUUAUAGAUGUUAUAUGCCUAAUGUAUAAUCUAGAAAUAAAGCCUAUUGAGUCAUGCAGUGUAGUUCAGUGCGCCAUUGUUUGAUGAUUAACCCAGUCAACUCAACUCCCCCUGACUCCGAACUGUUUCGCAACCAGGGAAUGUAUCCCAAAUAACACCCUGUUCCCUACACAGUGCACUACUUUUGACCAGAUCCCUAUGGGUCCAGGUCAAAGUAGUGCACUACAUAGGGAGAUAGGGUGCCAUUUUGGGACGAACGAGAUCCAUUGAGCAGCGGAACGCCUGCCUGGCUGGCAGACUAUCUGUUUCUAUCAGUUGUUGUACAGAAUAUUGCCGUCAGUCAGCAUGGCCCUUCUCUCCACUCUCACACCGGUGUUUGUGGCUGUUUUAUGCGUGAUCCUAGCUGUUCUUUUAAAAAGUUUUCAGAAGAAAGAGAUGAAGGAAGUGAAGCCCGCGGCUGAGGUCCGACCGUGGGUGGAUGAGGAUCUGCAGGACGACACAGAGAUCAGAACCAAAGAAGAAGGUAGGUAUCCCAAUAACCUCUCCUAUCUACCGAAGCGUGCACUUCUUUACUUCCCUUUCAUGGAUUUGAAAGGAAAUUACCAUUUUCUAUUGGUCAACAGCUUAUUUUCCGCAUGCGAAAAUACGCAACAAUCGAACCUGUACCGAAUAAAUAAAAUUGACGGAUUGUGGCAGGACGAUAUUUCGCAAUUGGUGUGAAUGCCAUAACAAACAAGACGUGUUCGUAUUUAUUUUUUUCAUCCAAAUUAUUUGGACGAAAAUAACGGACUGAGAAAGGGCCUUAUUGUAAAGCAGUGGUAUUUAAACUUUUUCAGACUGGACCCUAUUUCUUUUGCCAGAAUUUCUGGGGACCCCAAAUACACCCUUAAUAUCGGGACAUUUACAUUUUUACUUCAAUAUCUUAUCAAAAUGAAAACAAACCAAUAAAUACAUUUACUCGAUAAAAUUGUAUUUUUCAAAUUAUCUUUCUCAAAAACGUUUGUAUAGUGUCCCAUACAAUAAUCUGUACUUGUUCCCAAAAAAAAUUAAAAGCGUUUUUUUUUUUGCGGGGUGGACCUCACUGCAGUCCCCCAGCGAGCCCACUAGGAGACGCCACCCCCGACUUUGAAUACCAUUGUGGUAAAGGUUGCAUGUAGUGUAGCCUAUGAAUAACAUGCUACUAAAGCCACCGGUGCAGUCGACUGGUUUCUCUGCGUCAUAGCACUCCUCUAGGUCAGCUGGGUGAAACAGAGAGACCUGCUGCUACCUGCUACAGUUAAAGUUUGGCGGCAGGUAGCUCAGUGGGUAAGAGCAUUGUGCCAGUACCCGAAAGGUCGCUGGUUCUAAUCCCCGAGCCGACUAGGUGAAAAAUCUGUCGAUGUGCCCUUAAAUUAAAGCUUAACCCUAAUUGCUCAUGUAAGUCGCUCUGGAUAAGAGUGUCUGCUAAAUGACUAAAAUGUAAAUUAAGUUGGAAGUUUACAUACACCUUAGCCAAAUAAAUUGUAACUCUUUUUUUCACAAUUCCUGACAUUUUAAUCGUAGUAAAAAUUCCCUGUCUUAGUUCAGUUAGGAUCACCACUUUAUUUUAAGAAUGUGAAAUGUCAGAAUAAUAGUAGAGACAAUGAUUUAUUUCAGAUUUUAUUUCUUUCAUCACAUUCCCAGUGGGUCAGAAGUUUACAUACACUCAAUUAGUAUUUGGUAGCGUUGCCUUUAAAUUGUUUAACUUGGGUCAAACGUUUCGUGGAGCCUUCCACAAGCUUCCCACAAUAAGUUGGGUGAAUUUAGGCCCAUUCCUCCUGACAGAGCUGGUGUAACUGAGUCAGGUUUGUAGGCCUCCUUGCUCGCACACGCUUUUUCAGUUCUACCCACACAUUUUCUAUAGGAUUGAGGUCAGGGUUUUGUGAUGGCUACUCCAAUACCUUGACUUUGUUGUCCUUAAGCCAUUUUGCCACAACUUUGGAAGUAUGCUUGGGGUCAUUGUCCAUUUGGAAGACCCAUUUGCGACCAAGCUUUAACUUCCUGACUGAUGUCUUGAGAUGUUGCUUCAAUAUAUCCACAUAAUUUUCCUUCCUCAUGAUGCCAUCUAUUUUGUGAAGUGCACCAGUCCCUCCUGCAGCAAAGCACCCCCACAGCAUGAUGCUGCCACCCCCGUACUUCACGGUUGGGAUGGUGUUCUUCGGCUUGCAAGCCGACCCCUUUUUCCUCCAAACAUAACGAUGGUCAUUAUGGCCAAACAGUUAUAUUUUUGUUUCAUCAGACCAGAGGACAUUUCUCCAAAAAGUACGAUCUUUGUCCCCAUGUGCAGUUGCAAACCGUAGUCUGGCUUUUUUAUGGCAGUUUUGGAGCAGUGGCUUCUUCCUUGCUGAGCAGCCUUUCAGGUUAUGUCGAUAUAGGACUCGUUUUACUGUGGAUAUAGAUACUUUUGUACCUGUUUCCUCCAGCAUCUUCACAAGGUCCUUUGCUGUUGUUCUGGGAUUGAUUUGCACUUUUUGCACCAAAGUACGUUCAUCUCAAGGAGACAGAACGCGUCUCCUUCCUGAGCGGUAUGACGGCUGCGUGGUCCCAUGGUGUUUACACUUGCGUACUAUUGUUUGUACAGAUGAACGUGGUACCUUCAGGCGUUUGGAAAUUGCUCCCAAGGAUGAACCAGACUUGUGGAGGUCUACAAUUGUUUUUCUGAGGUCUUGGCUGAUUUAUUUUGAUUUUCCCAGGAUGUCAAGCAAAGAGGCACUGAGUUUGAAGGUAGGCCUUGAAAUACAUCCACAGGUACACCUCCAAUUGACUCAAAUUAUGUCAAUUAGCCUAUCAGAAGCUUCUAAAGCCAUGACAUCAUUUUCUGGAAUUUUCCAAGCUGUUGAAAGGCACAGUCAACUUAGUGUAUGUAAACUUCUGACCCACUGGAAUUGUGAUACAGUGAAUUAAAAGUGAAAUAAUCUGUCUGUAAACAAUUGUUGGAAAAAUGACUUGUGUCAUGCACAAAGUAGAUGUCCUAACCGACUUGCCAAAACUCUAGUUUGUUAACAAGAAAUUUGUGGAGUGGUUGAAAAACGAGUUUUAAUGACUCCAACCUAAGUGUAUGUAAACUUCAGACUUCAACUGUAUAUGUAGGCUAAUGUGCACAGUUCAUCAUGUCAUCUGGUUUCAACAUAUAGCCCUUGACUCUAGGCCUAGCCAACUCAACUCCACGGUUUAUGAUGGAGUUGAGGGGUGACAUUUUUUAUCAAAAACAACUGCAAUUACACAGAACAAUGUUGUGUGUGUCAAUCCCCCUCAGUCUACAGUCUCUGUCUGUAUAUUACUCAACCUUUGAACCCAAAGCGAGAAAAUGACUGCCAAGAUGAGAGAGAGAAAGAGAGAGAUCAUUAACCACAGGGAACGACAGAACAGAUCAUUAACCACAGAACAGAUCAUUAACCACAGAACAAAUAAUUAAACACAGAACAGAUAAUAAACCACAGGGAAUGACAGAACAGAUUAUUAACCACAGAACAGAUGAUUAACCACAGAACAGAUCAUUAACCACAGAACAGAUCAUUAACCACAGAACAGACCAUUACCCAAAGGGAACGACAGAACAGAUCAUUAACCACAGAACAGAUCAUUAACCACAGAACAGAUCAUUAACCACAGAACAGACCAUUACCCAAAGGGAACGACAGAACAGAUCAUUAACCACAGAACAGAUCAUUAACCACAGAACAGAUCAUUAACCACAGAACAGACCAUUACCCAAAGGGAACGACAGAACAGAUCAUUAACCACAGAACAGAUGAUUAACCACAGAACAGAUCAUUAACCACAGGGAAUGACAGAACAGAUCAUUAACCACAGAACAGAUCAUUAACCAAAGGGAAUCACAGAACAGAUCAUUAAACACAGAACAGAUCAUUAACCAAAGGGAAUCACAGAACAGAUCAUUACCCAAAGGGAAUCACAGAACAGAUCAUUAACCACAGAACAGAUAAUUAACCACAGGGAACCACAGAACAGAUCAUUAACCACAUAACAGAUAAUUAACCACAGAAUAGAUAAUUAACCACAGAACAGAUCAUUAACCACAGAACAGAUAAUUAACCACAGAACAGAUAAUUAACCACAGGGAACCACAGAACAGAUCAUUAACCACAGAACAGAUAAUUAACCACAGAACAGAUAAUUAACCACAGGGAACCACAGAACAUAUCAGUGCAACUCAAGGUAGUAUGAAUGAACCCAUUCGGCCAAGUAGCAAUACAGAUGGUUACACUUACCAAGCCCAACCCACAGUCAACAAAUAAGUGCACGAUAUGCACAUCUGACUAGAAGUUAAAAUUUGCAGAUUGCGCCUUUAAACCGUGUUCAAAACCGCCUACAAUUAAAAAAAGCCUUGUUUUCUGUAGAUUCAUAAUUCAGACAAUUGGUCUUCCCCCCUGUCUGUCUGGUUUUAGAUGAUGGUGAUUGGUCUUCCCCCCUGUCUGUCUGGUUUUAGAUGAUGGUGAUUGGUCUUCCCCCCUGUCUGUCUGGUUUUAGAUGAUGGUGAUUGGUCUUCCCCCCCUGCCUGUCUGGUUUUAGUUGAUGGUGAUUGGUCUUCCCCCCUGUCUGUCUGGUUUUAGAUGAUGGUGAUUGGUCUUCCCCCCUGCCUGUCUGGUUUUAGAUGAUGGUGAUUGGUCUUCCCCCCUGUCUGUCUGGUUUUAGAUGAUGGUGAUUGGUCUCCCCCCCCUGCCUGUCUGGUUUUAGUUGAUGGUGAUUGGUCUUCCCCCCUGUCUGUCUGGUUUUAGAUGAUGGUGAUUGGUCUUCCCCCCCUGUCUAUCUGGUUUUAGUUGAUGGUGAUUGGUCUUCCCCCCUGUCUGUCUGGUUUUAGAUGAUGGUGAUUGGUCUUCCCCCCCUGCCUGUCUGGUUUUAGAUGAUGGUGAUUGGUCUUCCCCCCCCUGUCUGUCUGGUUUUAGAUGAUGGUGAUUGGUCUUCCCCCCUGUCUGUCUGGUUUUAGAUGAUGGUGAUUGGUCUUCCCCCCUGUCUGUCUGGUUUUAGAUGAUGGUGAUUGGGUGGAGAGUGGUGGGGAGGAGGAGCUGGCCCACGUGCCCUACCUGGCUUCUCGGUACCCCGUAGAGGUCAUGGUUCAGAGGUCACAGGACUUCUACAGCCUGAUGAACCAGAGGAGGUCCGUCCGCUUCAUCAGCCCCGAGCCCGUUCCACGACAGGUCAUCGACAACGUCAUCCGCACCGCAGGUAACACAUGCAUAAUGCACACACACACACACACACACACACACACACACACACACACACACACAUACAUGAAUGUGUUGUCUGUGUUGUCCAGGCACAGCCCCCAGUGGAGCCCACACAGAGCCCUGGACGUUUGUGGUGGUGUCAGACCCAGAGGUGAAGCACCAGAUCAGGCUAGUGGUGGAGGAGGAGGAGGAGGUCAACUACCGUCAGAGGAUGGGGGACAAGUGGGUCAGUGACCUGCAGAGGCUCAGGUCAGAUAGGAAGCACAGUACACACACCAUGUAGAUAUACACCAUGUAGAUAUACACCAUGUAGAUAUACACUAUGUAGAUAUACACCAUGUAGAUAUACACCAUGUAGAUAUACACCAUGUAGAUAUACACCAUGUAGAUAUACACCAUGUAGACACACACCAUGUAGAUAUACACCAUGUAGAUAUACACCAUGUAGAUAUACACCAUGUAGAUAUACACCAUGUAGACACACACCAUGUAGAUAUACACCAUGUAGAUAUACACCAUGUAGAUAUACACUAUGUAGAUAUACACUAUGUAGAUAUACACCAUGUAGAUAUACACCAUGUAGAUAUACACCAUGUAGAUAUACACUAUGUAGAUAUACACCAUGUAGAUAUACACCAUGUAGAUAUACACCAUGUAGAUAUACACCAUGUAGAUAUACACCAUGUAGAUAUACACUAUAUAGACGCACACACACGCAGACAUACAACAUGCACACACAUGCACGCAAGUCAGAUAAUAUUUUUCUCUCUCUCUUUCCCUCUCCAUCUCCCCCUCUCUCCCUCCUCUACCCCUCACCCCUCCUCUCCAUCUCCCCUCCCCCAACGAUCUCCGCCUCUUCCUCUUGUCCCCCGCCCCCCCUCUCCCCGCCAUCCAUCUCCCCCCUCCACCUCCUCCAUCUCCCUCUCUCCCCUUAUCUCCUCCGCUCCCCCUCAGCCAUCCCCCCGGCCCCCUCUCCCCCUCACCCCUGCCCUCUCUACCCCCGACCCUCGCUCGCCCCCUCUCUCCCCUCUCUCCCCUCCCAUCCAGCUCUCCCUCUCCCCCCUCCCCCUCUCCCCCUCUCAUCCCCCCACCUCCUCUCUCCCUCUCUCCCUCUCACCCCCUCUCCCCCUCCUCCCCCCUCUCCCCCUCUCUCCCCCCUCCCUCCAUCUCUCCUCUCUCUCCCCCUCUCCCCUCUCUCCUUCCUCUCUCCCAGGACUAACUGGGUGAAGCAGUAUCUUGACGAGGCUCCCUACCUGGUGUUGGUCUUUAAACAGACGUACGGCGUUGUAGAUGGAGGACAGAAGAAGACUCAUUACUACAAUGAGAUCAGUGUGUCCAUCUCCUGUGGCCUGCUAUUGGCCGCGUUGCAGGUCAGAUCAUUCUCACACACACACACACACACACACACACACACACACACACACACACACACACACACACACACAGUCAUUUACAUUUUAGUAAUUUAGCAGACGCUCUUAUCCAGAGCCACUUACAGUUAGUGCAUUCAUCUUAAGAUAGCUAGGUGAGACAACCACACACACACAAACACUCAUUCAGAUCAUUCACCAAGUCAGAACCCCCCUGGACCUCUGGGGUGUAUUCAGGGACGUGAAACGUGCUGAACGUUGCAGAUAGAAAUAUAAUGAAUAGAGCUGAUAUGAUUCCCUAUUCUAUCUGAAGAUGGCACCAACAGACAUGGCAGCUCUGCUUCCAGCUCCUCAGCAACAGACAUGGCAGCUCUGCUUCCAGCUCCUCAGCAACAGACAUGGCAGCUCUGCUUCUAGCUCCUAAGCAACAGACAUGGCAGCUCUGCUUCCAGCUCCUAAGCAACAGACAUGGCAGCUCUGCUUCCAGCUCCUAAGCAACAGUCAUGGCAGCUCUGCUUCCAGCUCCUAAGCAACAGACAUGGCAGCUCUGCUUCCAGCUCCUAAGCAGCAGACAUGGCAGCUCUGCUUCCAGCUCCUCAGCAACAGACAUGGCAGCUCUGCUUCCUGCUCCUCAGCAACAGACAUGGCAGCUCUGCUUCCAGCUCCUAAGCAACAGACAUGGCAGCUCUGCUUCCAGCUCCUAAGCAGCAGACAUGGCAGCUCUGCUUCCAGCUCCUCAGCAACAGACAUGGCAGCUCUGCUUCCUGCUCCUCAGCAACAGACAUGGCAGCUCUGCUUCCAGCUCCUAAGCAACAGACAUGGCAGCUCUGCUUCCUGCUCCUAAGCAACAGACAUGGCAGCUCUGCUUCCUGCUCCUAAGCAACAGACAUGACAGCUCUGCUUCCUGCUCCUAAGCAACAGACAUGGCAGCUCUGCUUCCAGCUCCUAAGCAGCAGACAUGGCAGCUCUGCUUCCAGCUCCUCAGCAACAGACAUGGCAGCUCUGCUUCCAGCUCCUAAGCAGCUUUACAUUAUUAUUAUUAUGUUUGUGUUAUUUCUUACAUUAUUAGCCUAAAACGUUUUUUUUGUGUUAUAAAAUAAAGCCGGAAAGAACGUUUGGAUAUCAGAGCGGCGGUAACUCACCAGCAUUCCGACCAGAAAUACGACUUUCCCGAAUUGGAUCCGUUGUUCGUACCCCACAAGGCAACUGAACUUAUCCCAGAGGCUGCUCUAAGAAGCCGCUGGCGGAGAAGAGGUAUUCGGAGUGGACUUCUAGUCCGACUCAGGAGGCGUGCACACCAUCCACCGCUUCCGAGUAUAUUACUCGCUAAUAUUCAUUCCCUGGACAAUAAAGUAGACGAGCUCAGGGCGAGGAUCUCCUUCCAGAGAGACAUCAGGGACUGUAACAUACUCUGUUUCACAGAAUCAUGGCUCUCUCCGGAUAUACUGUCCCCGUCCAUACAGCCAGCUUGGUUCUCAGUACAUCGCGCGGACAGGAAUAAAGAACUCUCCUGGAAGAAGAAAGGUGGAGGUGUAUGUUUCGUAAUUAACUACUCAUGGUGUGAUUGUGGUAACGUACAGGAACUCAAGUCCUUUUGUUCACCCGACCUAGAAUACCUCACAAUCAAAUGUCGACCGUAUUACCUCCCAAGAUAAUUAUCUUCGGUUAUAGUCACAGCCGUGUAUAUUCCCCCUCAAGCCAAUACCACGACGGCUCUCAAGAAACUACACUGGACUUUAUGCAAACUGGAAACCCCAUAUCCAGAGGCUGCAUUUAAUGUAGCUGGGGACUUUAACAAAGCAAAUCUGAGGAAAACACUACCGAAGUUCUAUCAACACAUUGCCUGCAGUACUCGCGCUUCAAAAACUCUCGACCAUUGUCACUCUCCCUUCCGGGAUGGCUACAAGGCCCUCCCCGCCCUCCCUUCGGCAAAUCAGAUCACAACUCCCUUCUGCUCCUCCUAUACCCUCCGUAAGGUAAUCAAACAGGAAAAACAUCAGCACAGAGACAAAGUGGAGUCGUAAUUCAACAGCUCAGACACGAGACGUACAAUUGUUUUUCUUCCCCUUGGAAAAGUAUUCAUCCUCCUUGGCGUUUUUCCUAUUUUGUUGCAUUACAAUCUGUAAUUUUAAUUGAUUUUUAUUUGGAUUUCAUGUAAUGGACAUACACAAAAUAGUCCAAAUUGGUGAAGUGGAAUGAAAAAAAUUACUUAAUUCUAAAAAAUUAAUAACGGAAAAGUGGUGUGUGCAUAUGUAUUCACCCCCUUUGCUAUGAAGCUCCUAAAUAAGAUCUGGUGCAACCAAUUACCUUCAGAAGUCACAUAAUUAGUUAAAUAAAGUCCACCUGUGUGCAAUCUAAGUGUCACAUGAUCUCAGUAUAUAUACACCUGUUCUGAAAGGCCCCAGAGUCUGCAACACCACUAAGCAAGGGGCACCAUGAAGACCAAGGAGCUCUCCAAACAGGUCAGGGACAAAGCUGUGGAGAAGUACAGAUCAGGGUUGGGUUAUAAAAAAUAUCUGAAACUUUGAACAUCCCACACCUCUCAUCACCCCAAGAACACCACCUCCACAGUGAAGCAUGGUGGUGGCAGCAUCAUGCUGUGGGCAUGUUUUUAAUCGGCAGGGACUGGGAAACUGGUCAGAAUUGAAGGAAUAAUGGAUGCGGCUAAAUACAGGGAAAUUCUUGAGGGAAACCUGUUUCAAUCUUCCAGAGAUUUGAGACUGGGACGGAGGUUCACCUUCCAGCAGGACAAUGACCCUAAGCAUACUGCUAAAGCAACACUUGAGUGGUUUAAGGGGAAACAUUUAAAUGUCUUUGAAUGGCCUAGUCAAAGCCCAGACCUCAAUCCAAUUGAGAAUCUGUGGUAUGACUUAAAGAUUGCUGUACACCAGCGGAACCCAUCCAACUUGAAGGAGCUGGAGCAGUUUCGCCUUGAAGAAUGGGCAAUAAUCCCAGUGGCUAGAUGUGCCAAGCUUAUAGAAACAUACCCCAAGAGACUUGCAGCUGUAAUUGCUGCAAAAGUUGGCUCUACAAAGUAUUGACUUUGGGGAGGUGAAUAGUUAUGCACGCUCAAGUUUUCUGUUUUUUGUCUUAUUUCUUGUUUGUUUCACAAUACAAAAUAUUUUGCAUCUUCAAAGUGGUAGGCAUGUUGUGUAAAUCAAAUGAUACAACCCCCCCCCCCCCCCCAAAUCUAUUUUAAUUCCAUUUGUAAGGCAACAAAAUAGGGAGAAUCCCAAGGAGGGUGAAUACUUUUGCAAGUCACUGUGCACACUGUUAUCAAAUGCAAAUAUCUACUAGGUUAUGUAACUAUAAUAUAUUGACCUCCGGACCUCCAGCCACAUCGCGACCACACCGACGUCCUGCUCCCGGACAAGCUAAAAACCUUCUUCUCCCACUUUGAGGAUAACACAGUGCCACUGACGCGAGCGGCUCCCAAGGACUGUGGGCUCCCGUUCUCGGAGGCCGACGUGAGUAAGACAUUUAAGCGUGUUAACCCUCGCAAGGCUGUCGGCCCAGACGGCAUCCCUAACCGUGUCCUCAGAGCAUGUGCAGACCAGCUGGCUGGUGUGUUUACGGACAUAUUCAAUCUCUCCCUAUCCCAGUCUGCUGUCCCCACUUGCUUUAAGAUGUCCACCAUUGUUCCUGUACCCAAGAAAGUAAAGGUAACUGAAAUAAAUGACUAUCGCCCUGUAGCACUCACUGUCAUCAUGAAGUGCUUUGAGAGGCUAGUUAAGGAUCAUAUCACCUCUACCUUACCUGACACCAUAGACCCACUUCAAUUUGCUUACUGCACCAAUAGAUCCACAGACAAUGCAAUCGCCAUCACACUGCACACUGCCCUAUCCCAUCUGGACAAGAGGAAUACCUAUGGAAGAAUGCUGUUCAUUGACUACAGCUCAGCCUUCAACACCAUAAUACCCUCCAAGCUCAUCAUUAAGCUCGGGGCCCUGGGUCUGAACCACGCCCUGUGCAACUGGGUCCUGGACUUCCUGAUGGGCCGCCCCCAGGUGGUGAACGUAGGAAACAACAUCUCCACUUCGCUGAUCCUCAACACUGGGGCCCCACAAGGGUGCGUGCUCAGCCCCCUCCUGUACUCCCUGUUCACCCAUGACUGCAUGGCCAAGCACGCCUCCAACUCAAUCAUCAAGUUUGCAGACGACACAACAGUAGUAGGCCUGAUUACCAACGAUGACGAGACAGCCUACAGGUAGGAGGUUAGGGCCAUGGAGUGGUGCCAGAAAAAUAACCCUUUUCCUCAAUGUCAACAAAACGAAGGAGCUGAUCGUGGACUUCAGGAGACAGCAGUGAGAGCACGCCCCCAUCCACAUCAACGGCAAGGUGGAAAGCCAGGGUGGUGCGGUCUGCCGAACGCAUUACCGGGGGCAAACUACCCGCCCUCCAGGACACCUACAGCACCCUAUGUCACAGGAUGGCCAAAAAGAUAAUCAAGGACAUCAACCACCCGAGCCACUGCCUGUUCACCCCGCUGUCAUCCAGAAGGCGAGGUCAGUACAGGUGCAUCAAAGCUGGGACCAAGAGACUGAAAAACAGCUUCCAUCUCAAGGCCAUCAGACUGUUAAAUAGCCACCACUAGCCGGCUACCACCCGGUUAGGAGUGGCUUCCAUCUGGCCACUCUACCAUAAAGGUCUGAUUGGUGGAGUGCUGCAGAGUGACCAUUGUUUUCUUGGUCACCUCCCUGACCAAGGCCCUUCUCCCCCGAUUGCUCAGUUUGGCCGGGCGGCCAGCUCUAGGAAGUGUCUUGGUGGUUCCAAACUUCUUCCAUUUAAGAAUGAUGGAGGCCACUGUGUUCUUGGGGACCUUCAAUGCUGCAGACAUUUUUUGGUACCCUUCCCCAGAUCUUUGCCUCGACACAAUCCUCUCUCGGAGCUCUACGGACAAUUCCUUUGACCUCAUGACUUGGUUUUUGCGCCCGCCUUUCCAAAUCAUGUCCAUUCAAUUGAAUGUACCACAGAUGGACUCCAAUCAAGUUGUAGAAACAUCUCAAGGAUGAUCAGUGGAAACAGGAUGCACCUGAGCUCAAUUUCGAGUCUCAUAGCAAAGGGUCUGAAUACUUAUGUAAAUAAGGUUUUUCUGUUUUUUCUGUUUAUUUUUAUUUUUGAUGUGCAAACAUUUCUAAAAACCUGUUUUUGCUUCAUCAUUAUGGGGUAAUGUGUGUAGAUUGCUGAGGAUUUUAUUUUAAAUGUAUCCAUUUUAGAAUAAGGCUACGACAGUCAAUACCACUCCGACAUUGCUCGUCCUAAUGUUUAUAUAUUUCUUAAUUCCAUUAUUUUACUAUUAGAUUUGUGUGUUUUUGGUGUGUAUUGUUAGAUAUUACUGCACUGCCGGAGCUGGGAACACAAGCAUUUCGCUACACCCCUGCAAUAACAUCCGCUAAAUAUUUUAUUUUAUUUUAUUUUAAAUACAAUGUCAGACAGCACCCCUGUUCAGAAGGAUGUUACAAUUACAGUAGAAAUGUAUCGUGUAGAACAUAAAUGAUAUCAUGUCAGCUCCAUUCAUUCAUUUCUAUCUGCAACCAUCAGAGCAUUUCAAGCCCCUGAAUAAACCUCUGGAUUCUGUAUGUGUUUGAUAUUCUGACCAAACCCUUGUCUCUCCUUGUGUUUGACUGACACGCAGUCUGUCCAAUCCCCUGUCAGAAUGCAGGUCUGGUGACGGUGACGACGACACCCCUCAACUGCGGCCCCCAGCUCAGGCUGCUCCUCCGUCGGCCGGCCAAUGAGAAGCUGCUGAUGCUACUUCCUGUUGGUUACCCCGCCCCCGACGCCACCGUGCCCGACCUCACCCGCAAGCCGCUCAACGACAUCAUGGUGCACCUGUGACAUCAUCAUUAAGGGCCCGACCGAGUGACAUCAUAGAUGUAUGGGUGCCUUCUCUCCUCGGCUCCUCCCAGUCAUCUGAUUUGUAAAGUAGCAACAGUCAUCAAAGAAACAUGGGGUGUGUUUGCAUAUAUUAAUAAAUUAACAUACAGGGGUGGAACAGGGCUGCACCCACCAAACACGUGCUCUGUCUACCCUACCUGAACUCACCUGUGCUGGCUAGACUGCCUCAGUAAUUACUGUUGACACUUUCUAAUUCAACAUGUAUGUCAACAGCAGAGUUCACUUGAACAUUUGCUACGUUGCGGAACGG